AUGGCAGCCGCCAACAGACAUAUCGAGGGCGUAAGAGAGCUUUUGAAUGUUGACAUGAAAAUAUGUUGCGUAGAAGGAAGAGAUAACCAGACCCCUCUCCAUUUUGCAGCUGUGAAGGGGAGGGUUGACGUGAUCGACGAAAUACUUUCAUGUUGUGCCGAGUGUAUCAAAGGCGUGACGGUUGAAAAGAAAACCUGUUUGCACCACGUUAAGAACAGCCAAUUUGGGGCCAUUAAAUUUAUGGUGAUAGAACUAUUACUAGGUUGUGGAACAACUAGUUCAGUCUUGAUGGAAGUAAAUGCAGCAAACCAAUGUGGUCUUACUGCCCUGGAUGUCCUGCAAAUGUUUCCUAGUAAAGCAGGAGAUAGAGAAAUCGCAGAGGUGCUUCAACGUGCCGGAGCUGUGAGAGCUAGAGAUCUUUUGAUAUCUCCAUUUCCUUCAUAUGAAUCUAGUGAUGGAGUUAUAAACCAACCCGGAACUUGA